CGACAUCGCGCCUGAUGGCAGCAAGGUCUUCCGCGUGUGCGACUUCAACCUGGCAGUCAAGACCGACAGCAAUGGCCGCGUCGCGCGCGCCCAGGGCGGCACGCACCCGCGGCUUCUGGGCGUGGGAGACGUACUGCCAGCUGGAGGGCCUGGAGCUGAAGCACCCCAUCACCCGGGCCGCUGACGUGGCCUCCAUGGGGCUGGUGCUGGCGGACGCCGCCGGGCUGCACGGCCAGGCGGGCGGGACCCAGGCCUACCUGGAGUAUGAGCGCGACCUGCCCCGCCGCACGCCGCCCGCGCUCAAAGAACUGAUCGAGUGGAUGGUGGCGGAGAACCCCGCCGCACGCCCCACUCCGGACCAGAUCCUGGCACACCGAUGGCUGACGGAGUAGUGACGUGGCUAUUGCGAAGGUGACGACGGGUGGCAGAUGGCUCCGAUGGCACGGGGCAGGGGCGGUGGGGCACGCACGGCAUCAGCGGUUCCCCCUGCACGGCAUGGUUGCAUGGCACAGCUGGCAGGCCGUGGUGCGUCGCUAGGGCAUUGGGUUUGCAUUGAGAACAGUGGCUCAAUUGGGGACGUUAUACACCCACAGCAGCUGCAGGGGUAUUGCACUUGACGGGACGGUUGGGCUUUCAGCCUUCAUCCAAUGGCAGUGGACGCAUGUGGGCCAGGUCUGCGUUUGCGUUGUUUGUGCGGUGCUCACUUUGGCUCUCGCGUGCGAAUGACCGGUUAUAGCAGGAUAGUCGGCAAAAGUCUAUGUACUUGUGUGUUGUAGGACAUCCGUGUACCGCCCACACCGGUCGAACGCACGUGUAUGUUGCAUUUCCGGUAUGAAGUAGUACCUGUUGCAAUAGCAUUGAAGUGUGCAUGUACGUGCCUUGCGGGGUAGGACUGCCUGCUUGAGCUGCAGCACUUGACGGGGUGCUGUAUGCCGUGCCGCAAACUAACCAACGACAUGGUCUGGGGCGUUGGAUGAAUGGCGGGCGUGGGCAUGUGUGGCAGUGGUUGGACUGUGAAGCAAAUAACGGGUCGGUUGGCAUGGCUUGCGUAUGAGUUUCAUGCCUCGGCGCGACGUGACUUCAGCCGAAGCGGCUUGCGGUACGUACCGGCAGUCUUAAGCCCUCAUGGUUACAGCUCAACUGUAAGUAGCUUCAUCU